UUAUCACUGGCUAUUUACAAAUGUACAAUCAUACAACUUAAGGUAAAAUGGCGGACGUAAAUAAACAAAAAGGUGAUGCAGACGAAAAACAGUUUCCAGGGUAUACAGAUAAAGCUCGCCCGGAAUUGUUUGAUGUAAGAGCGAUGUUGCCACAACCGAAGGAGCUAAAGCCUGGACAAUUACCCGAAGAUCUGAUCCGACAGUAUUUCGAAAAUGGCUACCUGGUGAUAGAAGACUUCUUCACGGAAGAAGAAUUACAGCCUGCGAGAGAUUGUAUCAACCAAAUAGUGGACGACCUCGCACAGAAACUGUUCAAAGCGGGAAAAAUAAAAAAUUUAUAUGAGGAGUGUGGAUUUACAGAGAGACUGACGAAAAUUGAGAGUGAGUUCGCGGGAGCCAACAUAAUCUGUUCAAAACUUGGGGCAGUACCUCAGGCUUUGAAAGAUAUAUGGUCGAACGAAAGACUACUAAACCUCGUAGAACAGCUGAUAGGCCCCGAUAUUGCAGGGAAUCCAGCAUGGAAUUUACGCACAAAAGUCCCAAGGAAUAUUGUUACAACAGUGCCUUGGCAUCAAGAUGUAUCUUACCUGGACAAUGACACGUACAAUAUGCUCAUACCUACAGCAUGGAUUCCAUUUGUAGACGCCAAUGAAGAGAAUGGUUGUUUAGAGGUAGCUGACAAAGGUCAUAGAAGUGGACGUGUAGCUACUCACCAGUGUUGCUGGGGUGAUACUUUUUAUACAAUGCUUGAAGAGGACGAAAUGCAGAAAACGCUAGAAGUUGAUUUGGAGCGAGACCGCAGACUUUUGCCGGUAAAAUGUGGCGGACUGGUGCUCUUCAACAAUAUGAUUCCACACCGGAGUUUACCGAACGUUUCCGAAGGUAUCCGAUGGAGCGUCGAUUUAAGAUGGCAGCGAGCUAGUGACCCAGCCGGUCUAUGGGGAAUGAAAGAUGGAGUUGUUAUGAGAAGCUCUAAAGAUCCAAAUUUUAAAAUAGAUUGGUCAUCAUCUGAUGCGGUUAACAGACACAUUGUACAGACAGAGUAUAUAAAAGGUGGUAAAGCAGAUCUUGAGGAAGAAGAGUUUGAUACAACAAUUCAAGGUCCUUGGAUGAAGAAAUGGGAAAUAGUACAUAUGAACAAACACGUUGACAGAUUCAUGCAGCAAGAAGAGGCGAAAGGCAAAUCAUGAAUUCCGUGGGAACUAUAUGCGCAUCGUUACCGAAAAUUAACGAUGGAAGUUCAAUUAUUAUUAGAGCCGCGCCAUGAGAAAACCAACAUAAUGGCUUUUCGACCAGCAUGGAUCCUUCGCAGGCUGGUCAGAAUCCAUGCUGUUUGCUUUAAAAGCCUAAAAAGCCUUAAAAGCGGACGCGCAGGCUGGUUUGGAUCCAUGCUGGUUGCAGAGCCACUGUUGGUUUUCUCACGGCGUUGCUCAUUAAUUAAUUAGCAAAGCUAAAUUUAGGCAGUGGAGUCGUAAUGGCAUUCGAAAAUACAUCUGUUUCAUUUCGUAUUCUUCAGGUGCAAUGCCGCUAUUUUCUUGUUGUUACGAAAAAAAUUAUUUUUCCACUUAUCAACGAUUAUGGCCGAAGAAUAUCGAAGUAACACACGAGAAUACGUAAUCGGACGGAUAUUGCCGAUUGUCAUCACGUGGGAGGCUAUGAAGGUGUAGAACACCUUGAUUUAUAUUGAUUUCACCCAUGAGACAGAAAAAAAACACUAGAAUAAAUAAGAAUGUUCAGCGUUAUUUUAUAAUUUUAUGAUUGUUCUCUUGUUUUAUGCGUCACACAACAGUCACAAAAUGACGUCAAACAAAUUUGAUCGUUGUAUAGAAGUCGCAACUUGACCGCGAUGGUUGACCUUUGGCUGAUUAUUCAUAUCGAAUACUUCAUUGUAGAAAUAAAGGGUGAUGAGGGUAGCCAUGUAUAUUUAUAUGGAAUAUAUUUGUAUCCAGUGCAGUAUCAAAGUAUGUAUACUUGCAUUUGAUCAGUUAAAACUUUCCAAUACCUUAAUUUAUAAUUGCACACAUUUAUAUUUCCACUUUCUCAUGCAGCUGUGUUUUAUGUACACUCCUUUUUAAUAAUAGGUUGUGCCUCAUUAUGUAUUAUAAUACAAAGGUCAACCAUCGGGGUCAAGUUGCGUCCACUAUAUCUGUAAAUUAUGUCUUAUUGUUGACAAUUUAUUUACUUGGAAAUAUAACUACAUGAUGAUUAUGUUUUACUUUUUGAAAGUAAAUGAGCCAUAUUUGUAUAUACCUAUUUUUCUCUUCAAAUCAGGGAUUUGCAUCUAUUCCAAGUUACUGUGCAAUAUAUUUCCGUAUUGGAUACAAGUAUUCCGUAUUGAACGAUGCGAUGACUUUAAUAAACGGAUAAUUAUAUUUAGAACAAAGGCGUCAUCAUCGAGGUGCAUAGCGUCAAGAGGGCGUAGGUAUAGAAGGGAGGCCUCUUUUGGUGUUGGGGGAAGAUUGGGGUCUACCCCCUUAAAGUUUUUGAUACACAGACAUGAAAUGUUGGCCUCUGCUGCAUUUUUAUGCCCCCCCCCCCCCCCUUCGAAGAAGGAGGGGUAUAUUGUUUUGCAGAUGUCGGUCGGUCUGUAUGUAAACCAAUCCCUUUCCGGAUGAUAACUCAAGAACACUUUGGCCUAGGGUCAUGAAAAUUGGUAGGGAGGUUGUCAUAACUAGCAGAUGACCCCUAUUGAUUUUGAGAUCAGUAGGUUAAAGGUCAAUGUCACAGUGGCCGGAAUAGUUAAACGGUUUCCGGAUGAUAACUCAAGAACACUUAGGCAUAAGAUCAUGAAAGUUGAUAUGGGGGUUAGUCAUGACCAGCAGAUGACCUCUAUUGUUUUUGAGAUCAGUACGUCAAAGGUCAAGGUCACAGUGGCCUAGAACAGUAUAACGGUUUUCGGAUGAUAACUCGAGAAUGCUUGGGCCUAGGAACAUGAAAGUUGUUAGGGAGGUUUGUCAUGACCAGCAGAUGACCCCUAUUCAUGUUGAGGUCAGUAGGUCAAAAGUCAAGGUCACACUGAUCCAAACAGUUAAACUGUUUCUUGAUGAGAACUUGAGAAUGCUUGGGCCUAGGAUCACAAAACUUGAUACGGAUCUUGAUCAUGAUCAGCAGAUGACCCCUAUUGAUUUUUAGGUCAGUAGGUCAAAGGUCAAGGUCACACUGCCCGGAACAGUUAAAGGGUUUCUGGAUGAUAACUCAAGAAUGCUUGGGCCUAGGAUCAUGAAAGUUGAUAGGAUUGUUGGUCAUGACCAGCAGACGACCCCUUUUGAUUUGGCCUAAAAAUCAAGGUCACAGUGACCGGCAACAGUAAAACUGUUUCCAGACAAUUACUUGAGAAUGCUUGGGCCUAGGAUCAUGAAAGUGGAUAGGGAGGUUGGGCAUGACCAGCAGAUGACACCUAUUGAUUUAGAGGUCAAUAGGUCAAUGUCACAUUGACCCAGAACAGUAGAACUUUUGUGUACCGUGACCAAAUAAUUUGUUCCUUGUGCAAUUACUGAAUGCAUCAAGUGGGGGUCGGGGGGAUUUCGUGUUCUACGAUAGGUCUUGUUUGUCUAAAUUUUGAGAUACAUGAGAGUACUCGCCUCAUUUUAGGAGGUCAGAGGCUCUCUCUGUGGAAAACUUUGAAAUACAGGUACGAAAUGCUAGGGCUCUAGUGCACUUUUAGGUCUAAACCUUAAUGUAUGGGAAGGGUAUCCCUGUCAUUUUAGGGGGGUCAGGGGCUCUCCCCAUGGACAAUUUUGAAAUAAGGUAUGAAAUGGUGGCCUCUGGUGCAUUUUUGGUCUAAAUUUUGAGGUACUGGAGUGAUACUCCCCUCAUUUUGCUGGGAGGGGUGGGGGGGGGGGGGGGGGUUCUCCCCCUUGAAAAUUUGAAGUAUAGGUAUGAAAUGUUGGCCUUUGGUGCGUUUCUGGGUCUAAACUUUGAGAAAAUAUUCCUUUGCCAAAAUAGUUGGGUGCAACUUUAAUGAUUGUGGGUCACUUCUCGGCCAACUGUGGCGGGGGGGGGGGGGGACCGGAAUUCGGG